UCAAAAUGACAACGAGAUUAACUUUCACUUUCCACAUUGCCUCGGCUCUUUGCUUCUCCUCCCUCGUCAACUUCGCCUUGGCUGGCGGCUUGCAUGUCGAAGGCAAAGUCUACUGCGACCCUUGCCGGGUCGAGUUCGAGACCAAGAUCAGCGAGAUGAUUUCAGGUGCGACGGUGAAGCUGGAAUGCCAUGACCGCGAUAACAACUCAUUGACAUUUUCAGCGGAGGGUGUCACUAAUGACAAAGGCGUUUACCGGUUACCGGUGGACGAGGGUGAUUACGAGCAAGAUAUCUGUGAGGUGAAGUUGAUCAAGAGCGGAAUGGCAGACUGCAAUGAGCCUUUCAAGACUACAGAUCGAGCCAGAGUCCUCCUCACCAAGAACGUAGGGGUGGUGCAGUCAACGCGCUAUGCGAAUCCUCUUGGGUUCAUGAAGAAGGAAGUUAACCCUGAAUGUGGAGAAGUUCUCAAGAGCAUGGGCUUCGUUCCUCUUAACGUUGUAGUUUAAACAAUGAACUGAUUUUUUAUUGGGCUUCUUUUGCCUGAUCUAAAUAAACUUUUUUUUUUUUUUGUUCUGACUACCAUGGCAGUUGUAGCUCGUUGAUGAUGAUGACUUUGAUGCAACUAUACCAACCUGCUAUCUACCAUUUAGAUCCCUCUAGUUUUUUUUUUUUUUUAAUUGCGUAAUUUAUUUACUUUCAAUGUUGAUUAGU